AUUCUCUAGAUCUUCUGCUGUGAAGCAGAAGCUUCAGAAUCAUCUACAAACCACCACAACUACUUCUCAUGCUUUUUGUUUCGCAUUGCUUUGCUUUUCUCACAGGUAUCUGGUUUCCCAUCCACUGAAAGCAAAACACACUUUAAAAAAGCCAGGUCGCAAAAAAACGGCUACAAUGCAGAACAACAUCGCUUCUUCAAACAGCACCCUCAUUCAGCCUGCCGGAUUUUACAUCGUUGGCUUGCGUUCAAUGCCUUACAGUAAUGUCUAUGUCAUGUUCCUCACCGUGCUGUUUGUGAUCACAGUCAUAUGCAAUGUCUUUCUGAUCUCCAUCAUUGUCUAUGAUCAGCGUCUGCAUGUGCCAAAGUUCAUGGCUGUUGGUAAUCUGGCUGCGGUUGAUCUUAUUCUCAGCACUGCUCUGGUGCCAGGCAUGAUAAAGACUUACAUUGCUCUGGAUAAUUUUGUGCCUUUCAAUCUCUGCCUUUUGCAAAUGUACAUUUACUAUACUUGUACAUGCCUAGAGUCGUUUUCCCUGUGUAUUCUCUCUUAUGACCGGUUCAUUGCGAUCUGUUUCCCUUUAAGACACGAAUCUAUAAAUACAAACAGCAGAAUGGCUUAUAUAAUCAGUGCAGUUUGGUUCUUUUGUGUUGUUACUUUACUCUAUGCUGUUUUUUCCAUCCUUACACUAUCCUUUUGUGGCUCUAAUGAGAUGAACAGCUAUUUUUGUGAUUAUACUCCGGUUUUAGUGCUUGCUUGCAGUGACAUAACACAACAGUUGAACUAUGCCACCGCAGCAACUAUACUUUUUAUAGGGGUAGCUUCAAUUUUUAUUUUCUUUACUUAUAUAGGGAUACUGAGAGCUGUGUUUAGAAUGAAAAGCAGCCAAAGCCGUUUCAAGGCACUGGCCACAUGCACAGAGCACCUUGUAUUAGUGUGCUUAUACUUCGUUCCUAUUGUGAUUAUCUUCAAUCUCACAUUUUUUGGAAUUAUUUGGAGCCCCAAUGUAGGUUUGGUGUGUUUGUCUUUGUCAUCCCUUCUCCCGCCCUGCGUGAAUCCUGUCAUCUACUCGUUGAAAACUAAAGAGAUUCGAAGCAGGGUUUAUUCUUUGUUUACCCGGAGACUAUUUGUUCAUCCUCUAAAGAAUGGGCAUUAAGUUACAACAUAGUUGUGGCUUGAGUGUAAAGUGAUGAGAUCAUUUAUAAUGUUUUCUUCAAGGCUUUCUGUGAUCAUAUUGAUUGAUAUUAAAAUGCAUAACUUUACAUCUCCAUUUCUGCAUUCGCUCUGUGGUUAUCUAGUAAUUAUUAGCAUUCAAUAGCAACAAUUCACAAUAAACAAAAGGUUACUGCAUCGAUCGUUCCUUUAAAGGGAUAGUUUACUCAAAACUGAAAACUGAACUGUCAUCAUUUCCUCAUGCUUCACUUCCUCCAAACCACAAAGAAAGAUAUUUUGAAGAAAUCUGAAACCCAUUGACUUUCAUAGUAUUUUUUUUCUAUGAUCAUCUUUACAGGCAUUCAGCUUUAUUUAAAAUAACUUACUUUGUAUUC